UUCUCUCCCUUUCGCUAAUCUGCGACGUCGAGCCCUUCUCGCGUUCGGCCUUCCCUCAUCGCCUAAGUUCUUCUCGAGUGAAAACCCACUGCAUGAGGCCGUCGCUGCCCUACCAACCUCGUCGAAAAAGUCUUCUCAGCUUCUCCUCUUGCCUCUUCGCAAUCCUUUGAAUAUGGUCGUGAUGGUGCGAGUGAAGACGCCAAAAAUCCACUGUAAAUUAAAGAUUAAGCGCUUGAAAUCUCCCUCACAUUCGACUAAAUGUCUCAAUUCCAAUAAAUCUCCAUAUUCAUUCCAUAAAACUUCUCAUAAGCAUCUCUGACGGCGAUGGCAACGACCACAGGCAUUCUUCUCUGUAACUCCGUCCUCCUCCCACCUAAAAACCUAAAUUCAUUUCCUCGUUUAACGACCGUCAGAGCCAACCUCUCGUUGAUCGAUGUCAGGAAUGAAAAUUUACGCUCCACGCUCUUUUCGGGCGUCCGCUAUGAAAGGGCGAAAGAGUUUCGAGCGCCGGUCUUCUCCUCUUCUCCAGCUGGCGAUCUGCGGCCGGAAAUCGACGAGAACCCGGAAGGGAUUCUAUCUGGUGAGUGGCCGGAGAAUUUCUCCCUCCUGAGCUAUGAUGACCUCAAGGCCUAUCUUGAGACGCAAAUCGCCAGCGAGAAGAUGAAACCCUCGGCCUUGUUGGGAGAGGUGAUGUCAACGUCUAUCAGGACCGCGACAGCGGAUCAGACGCUGGAGGAGAUCGAUCACCAUUUUGAGAUCGUGUCGGGACUUCCAGUUAUAAAUGAGAAUCUCAAAUGCAUAGGGGUUAUAUCGAAGAAAGAUAAGGCUAAAGCGUCUAAUGGGCUCAAGUCAAAAGUUGGCGAAGUGAUGUCUUCCCCUGCUGUCACACUAUCACCCGAGAAGACCGUCUUGGAUGCUGCAACUUUGAUGCUGAAGAAGAAGGUCCACAGGAUACCCAUUCUGAAUGAGAAACAACAAGUUGUAGGUAUAGUUACUCGCACUGACGUUUUCCAGGCAUUGGAGGCUACAGAGGCAUAAUCUGCAUGCGUAACUCUUUUGUGUGGAUUUGUACAAAUUGUCCAUUUUCCUACCAUUAUGCCUAACUAUGAAACCUGACUUUGUUUAAUAAUGAAACUAAGUCAUGUCAGUAUGAGAGUUUAAUCCUCAACAGAAUCUGUUUCUUUUGAGCAAACAACUUUCACAAUAGCAGCACUCAGUAUCAUCUCACCUCCAUCUCCCAUCUGUUAACUGACACGAUUCUUGUCUUCUAGAAAAAAAACACCCCUUCCAAGUAAA